CCCCGCAGCGGGUCUGUGUUUCUGGCAGGCAGACUUGCCUGGGAGGGAUCUGCCGUCAAAGCCACCCAGGAAAGGAGGCCUGAUACGCUAAUUAAUAUUCUGAACUAGUGACCCUUCUUUUUCUUUCCACCCCUUCCCUUUCUCUGGGCUCUUCAGCCUCUCCCCGCCGCGGAUGGCUGCAGCCCCCUCCAGCUGAGUCAGUCCUCCCUCCCCGCAGCAUUGCAGCACCUCCGCAGCUCCCUGCGCUCCUGCAGCACCCGCUCCGCUCCCACCGCCGCAGCAUGGCCAGCACCGUCUCAGCCUACAAGGAGAAAAUGAAGGAGCUGUCUCUGCUCUCUCUCAUCUGCUCCUGUUUCCACACCCAGCCCCAUCCCAACACCAUCUACCAGUAUGGAGAUAUGGAGGUGAAGCAGCUGGAUAAGAGGGCAUCGGGCCAGAGCUUCGAAGUGAUCCUGAAGUCCCCUUCAGAUUUAUCUCCCGAGAGCCCAAUCCUUUCCUCCCCCCCCAAGAAGAAGGACCUGUCCCUGGAGGAGCUGCAGAGGAGGCUGGAGGCUGCCGAAGAGAGGAGGAAGACCCAGGAGGCGCAGGUGCUGAAGCAGCUGGCGGAGAAGCGGGAACACGAGCGGGAGGUGCUGCACAAGGCGCUGGAGGAGAACAACAACUUCAGCCGCCUGGCCGAGGAGAAGCUCAACUACAAGAUGGAGCUGAGCAGGGAGAUCCGCGAAGCACAUCUCGCCGCCUUGAGGGAGCGGCUCCGCGAGAAGGAACUGCAUGCAGCUGAAGUUCGCAGGAACAAGGAACAGCGGGAGGAGAUCUCUGGAUAAAGGGCUUUUCUACACAUCUAGCACCUGAUUCCUGUUAACAAACCAACCAAUCGACCAACCAACCAACACAUUUUAUUUUGUUUGUCUAGAUGCGACGUUCGGUUCUCCAUCCCCCCCUCCCCUGGUGUUCGUCCCCCAGCUACACGCUUCUCUAUCUCUGCAUCCUUAAUCGUCAGUACUUGUGGGGAUUCACAGAUCAUAGGGACCUCUAAGCAGAAUAGCGACUAGUUCACAUGAAAUAGAGAAUCAAUUGACCAAUCAGUCCAAUCAAACAGCUUCUUUGGAGGGUUUUGUCCUUUUUUUAAACAAAAAAAAGAAUUUCUUAAACUGAUGUAAAAAAUAAUUAAGAUAUUAAUAAAUUCAACCAGCAGUGUCACGGAGAUACGGAUUUCUUAUCCAGGGCUUUUACUCCUCUUGGUGUUUGCUCUGAGCCAAAUAUCAGUUUCGGAAUAAUGGGAAGUUAAGUGACGAUUUCUGUGUGUGAAGUGGAAUAGGGAACAGCCCCAUGUUUGCCAGCGAUAGGAGCGAGGAAGGAGAGAGGGAGGGGAUGGCUCCGGCGGCGUGCUGUGCAGAAACCCCCAUCUCAUGGCUGCGCCGGGAGCCAGCCCAGGCAGGCGAUGGCCCAGGGUCCCCACCUUGGGGUGAUCCUUUGACAGCCUGUGGGGAGGCAGGCGGGGGUCUCCACCCAGAGCUCGGGAGGGGAGUCCCCGUCACGGCAAGGCCCCGGCGCCGCGGGCUCCGCCGGACGCCCUGGUUGGCCGCGGGCUGGAGGAGCCCGUAGACUUGAGCCACCCUCUCCCUGGCAGAGCGGGGACCGAGAGGUCUUGGCCGAGCAGCCUGGGAGAACCGCGGGUGGCGAUUGUGUCCCCGGCUCCGCGGGAGCCCUGGGAGAGGGCGCUGGGUCUGCGGCCUCUCCGGCGCUCCCGCAACACGAGCUCUCACUCCAGUAAGGAAGCAAAUCCAGUAGAGACGGUGCAUGGUUGUGAAGUAGUUUGUUAGUGAACAGAAUAGUCAUCUUUCCCUCUUUCCAAAGACGGAUGGGACUCUUCGUUGCCGUCACAGGGCAGACACCGAGACCAGAGGUUGCCAGAUGAGCCCCGGAGCUCUGGCUCCUGGGCUGGGGAGUCAGGGCACCUCCAGCCCCGUGGCUUUGGGUGAGAUGGAGCUACGAGAGGAGCAGUUCUGCAGUGAGGGGUGAAGAAAUGUCCCCAUGCUCAUUUCUUGUCUAUCUUUAGCUUUUCAAGGCCUGUUUUUAAGAAAAAACUUGUCUCUUGAUGGAGGUAGGGAUGAGCAGAGAACGUGCAAGCAUGGUUAAAGAGGUGACUGUCAAGGCCCACGGACUUCCCCAUCUUCUCGUGUCAUGGCUGAUGGAGGUGGCCGAGCUCCAGGCAGGCACCGCGCACUGCGGGGGGCUGCCACCCUCCCGCUGAGACCCACAGACCCGCUCACCCGGCCCCGGCUCUGCUCCUGCCUCGAAAACCAAAGCGGAGAUGUUGCACCUGAAGAGCAGGGACCGGCCCGGCAGGAUGCGGCGCGGGGGACUCAGCCCUGCCAGAGCGCGGUUCUGCGGCGAGGCUUAGCAGAUGGCGGAAGCCGCUUUCAUUUGAGGCAGAAGGUAACAAGAAUUCCCCUCUGUCCCAUCCUUGGAGAUUGCCGGGGGGGUAUUUUUUUAACAGAGUUUCAGGCGCAGGGUGCCUGGGUGCUGCUGACCCCGCGGCACCGCUCCCUCCUCCUCCCGAUGGCCCCCCCAUCCCAGCCGCCCCCUCAGACCCCAGAAUAAACCAAAGGGGCAUCCAAGGCACCGAGAUGUUUAAUUAGCAGUAAUUGGUAGUUAGGUGUGCCCCCGACGAGCCGUUCUGGGGGGUUUUGCAGGAUCUUUGGGGAAUCAUUUACGUGCGCAGGGGGUGCAGAGGCGGGCGCGGGGCUCCCUGGGGGGGCGAUGGCCGGCAGUGACCAGGAGCUAGAGGAGAUGAGGGGUUUGCAUGGGGAACGGCGAGAGGCCACCACCCUUGCCUCUCCUCCCCUCUGAAAAAGAAAUCAUCAUUGAGUCUUGUCAGAAGCUGGAGUUUUCUGUCUACCUUGUCCUUUAAUUAGGUAAAGAAUUGAUUACAGUCUGGGGUGAGCAUCAGGCGGUUGCAGAAACCCCCCCAAAAGCCAAAGAGCAGCAGCUGCUGGAGAUCAAAUCCCGGGCUCUUUGCUAAUCUCCCCAGAAGUCCCAGCUGGAUUCGGGAGGGAUCCCUCCACGGCCACGGUUUGAUGCCAGGGGACUCUGCUCCUAGAAGGAAGGGCUACCUUACUCCCAAACCCCUUCGCCUGGGCCAGGGGACAGGACUGUUAGAAAGCCCCAGCGCUGUCAGUGGCAAAAAAAAAAAAUAAAUAAAUAUUUAGGGCAAAGAGGGAAAGGGAAGGAAACUGAGGGUUGAAUUUCUUAACAGUAGCUAAUGAUCGGUUUAUAGUAGCAGCUGUCUUAGGUAAGCAUCUGUGUAGAGCGCGGCAUCACCGCCAGCAUCACCUCAUCCAUAUAGUGACGAGAAAUUUUAAAACGUUUAAAAAAAAAAAAAAAAAAAAAAAAUUUAAUUUAAACGAAAUGUUUGUGUGUAAGAAAUGGUUGAAACUGUCAGAUGUCUGCGUCCCACGUUGGUGGGAUCUGAGAAGGUAUCUGCGAGAUAUUAACCCUGUCCUACUCUCUGUGGUGCUGAGUGUUUGCUUGGUGUGUAAUUCUGACCUGGAGCUUGUUGUAAAUACUGUUUUUAGUACUAUGAUUAUUAUGAUUAUGAUUAUCAGAAAUGUACUCACGAGCAGGAGUUUAAAACAAGAGAAGAAACGACCGUUUUCACUCCCUCCUUGGGGCUCGGAAGGAGUCGGAGGCUGGGCUGGGUGAAGGCUGGCUGCUGGCCGGGUGGGAUCCCGGACCAGAGCAGCUGGAAAAUCACGGCGUUGGGAGCUGGAGGCAGCCGAGUCCUGCGGGCAGGGCGGUGACAGCGGGGACAGCGGGGGACAAGCUGCUCCUGGGGCUGCGGAGGAGAGGGAAGGGCCGGGAGCUGUAUGUAGUAGAGGUGAUGCUUCGAUUCUGGUAGAUAGGAUUUAGCGUUAACCCAAACCUCCUCCUGUCAGGGGUCCAGGCUGUUCCCCGCAGCCCCGGGGAGCCGCGAGGGUUGGGCUGUGCUGAAGCAGGAGCGGUGGGUGACGGGCUGCGCUGGGUAGAGCCGUCGUCCCCAAACAGCUGCCGAGUCCCCGGACUUGGUUCCGGCCUGCGUCUGCCUUUGUGCUGCCAGCUUAGAGCCCCGCUCCCGCUCUCCUCCCGCUCCCCGGAGGCCAGCCUGCAUCUCAGGUGGGGACUCAUUCCUGCAACAGCUUUGCCUGGCAAAAAAAAAAAUCCCGUAGGAAACGUGCAGGAGAGCGGCCCCGGCACACGGUGCUCACGCGGGUGUGAGCACUGGGAAACUCCUUUUUUUCUGCCCUCCGUCGGGUCGGUGCUGUGAGGGACAGUGGAUGUGGCUGGAAAACGUGUUACUGCAGGGUAAGCUCCUGCCUCAGAGGAGCAGGGAUGUGCAGGGAGAGUUUUGCAUCGGUAGCGUCAGGGAACUGCUGCCAAGGAAACAACCUCAUCCGUGGGGCCGGAUGCUUUGG